AUGGACAAUCGGUUGCGACUUACAACCACAAUAGAGGGCAUUAGGUAUCUAGCAAAUCAAGCAUUGGCUUUUCCAGGCCAUGAUGAAUCUAUUGGCUCAUCUAAUCGAGGCAAUUUCGUUGAAAUCAUAAAGUGUUUUGCAAGAAUGAAUAUGGAAGUUGAGAAAGUUGUCCUAGAUAAGGCUCCUCAAAAUGCUCAGUAUAUUUCCAAUGACAUACAAAAACAAAUCUUGCAUAUUUUUGCUACCAAGGUGAGGAAGACAAUUUGUAGAGAACUUGGGAUGAACAAAUUUUGUAUUCUUGUUGAUGAAUCACUUGAUGAAUCGGGUAAAGAACAAAUGGCUAUUAUUCUAAGAUUUGUUGAUGGUCAAGGAUUUAUUCGUGAGCAGAUAUGCAAAGUGCUUGGUAAUAAUGGCAUUCUAGUGGAAAACAUGCGUGGUCAAGGGUAUGAUGGUGCUAAUAAUAUGCGUGGUUCAUAG